GGUAUUACUUCCGCUGAUUUUCCCCAUAGUAACCCACAUGGAAACCUGUGUUUUGAGUUUCGGCGCCGAUUGUGGCGGUGAGAAAUUUAUCUGAGGCACAGAAGGUACUUUAUUCACCGUAACCUGUCUUGCGUCUUUUACAUCACACAUUUGUAAAGCACUAGUAACUAUGAAGAUCGAGGAGGUGAAAAGCACCACGAAAACUCAGCGGAUCGCCACUCAUAGUCAUGUCAAAGGACUCGGGCUAGACGAGGCCGGGAAUGCUAAACAGGCAGCAUGUGGUCUAGUAGGCCAGGAGGCUGCAAGAGAGGCUUGUGGAAUCAUUGUUGAGCUGAUCCGUUCAAAGAAGAUGGCAGGAAGGGCAGUGGUACUGGCAGGGCCUCCCGGUACAGGAAAGACUGCCCUCGCCUUGGCUGUAGCACAGGAGUUGGGAAACAAGGUGCCUUUCUGUCCCAUGGUUGGCAGUGAGGUCUACUCAUCCGAGAUUAAAAAAACAGAAGUAUUAAUGGAGAAUUUCAGGAGGGCCAUUGGACUGCGUAUCAAAGAAACAAAGGAGGUGUAUGAAGGGGAGGUGACAGAGCUGACCCCCUGUGAGACUGAGAAUCCCAUGGGUGGCUACGGAAAAACCAUCAGCCACGUCAUCAUCGGUCUGAAGACGGGCAAGGGCACAAAGCAGCUCAAGCUGGACCCCAGUAUUUAUGAGAGUCUUCAGAAAGAGCGCGUGGAAGUGGGAGAUGUCAUCUACAUUGAAGCCAAUAGUGGAGCUGUCAAGAGACAAGGUCGCUGUGACACAUUUGCUACGGAGUUUGACCUGGAGGCAGAGGAGUAUGUGCCGCUGCCCAAAGGGGAUGUCCACAAAAAGAAGGAGAUAGUCCAAGAUGUCACGCUGCAUGACCUGGAUGUUGCAAAUGCCAGACCCCAGGGAGGCCAGGACAUUCUCUCUAUGAUGGGACAACUGAUGAAGCCCAAAAAGACAGAAAUCACAGAUAAGCUGCGUGCUGAAAUCAACAAGGUGGUAAACCGCUACAUUGACCAAGGUGUGGCUGAGCUCGUACCUGGUGUGUUGUUUGUGGACGAGGUGCACAUGCUGGACAUUGAAUGCUUCACAUACCUCCAUCGAGCGCUCGAGAGCACCAUUGCCCCCAUCGUCGUGUUCGCCUCGAACAGGGGGAACUGUUUGAUCAGGGGGACAGACGACAUCAGCUCUCCACACGGGAUUCCUCUGGACUUGCUGGACAGAGUCAUGAUAAUCCGCACCAUGUUGUACACGCCACAGGAGAUGAAGCAGAUCAUCAAGAUCCGUGCUCAGACUGAGGGGAUCAAUAUCAGCGAGGAAGCUCUUGCACACCUGGCAGAGAUCGGCACCAAGACCACCCUUAGGUACGCUGUACAGCUGCUGACACCGGCCAGCCUGCUAGGCCGUGUUCAGGGAAAAGAGACCGUGGAGAGGGAGCAGAUAGAGGAAAUCAACGAGCUGUUCUAUGAUGCUAAGUCCUCCGCCAAAAUCCUCCAAGAUCAACAUCACAAGUUUAUGAAAUAAAAUUGGAUUUCCACCUUUUUCUUUCACAACUCGCAGAGCUGGUGUUUAGUCAGUGGUUCACUUUGAUUCUCCAUCUUUUCUUCAUGCUUUUUCUUUGCAUUUUUCCUCCAUGCCACGGUUCCUUCUAGUGUCUCUGCCUCAUCUAGUGUAGUAGUUUUGUUCUAAUAAAGUUUUAUUCAUUCUGUUCAUAAAAGUAAUUUUUGGAAUAAAAAGCAAAACACAA